CAUGUAGAUGGAAUCCCGGCCGCUACUCACGCACGAACGUGACUCGGCCAGGUCGCUGCAUGAGGCCGUGAUCAAGAUUACUGCUGACUGACGGGCACCCUUGACUGCGCCGCCGCCGCCGCCUCCCCUAUGACCAUGAGCGCCAUGACGGCCGCCCUCCACCACCGCCCCCGUUCGCGCUCGCCUCUGGAAGACGAGGAUCUGCUCUCCGAGGUCCUCCUCCGCCUCCCGCCGCAGCCGUCCUCCCUCCCCCGCGCAUCCGCCGUCUGCAAGCGCUGGCGCAGCCUCGUCUCCGACCGUGGCUUCGUCCGCCGGUACCGCCGACACCACCGCCGCAGCCCUCCCCUCCUCGGUUUCUUCCGCGACGACCAUCCAAACAUCACCUACACGCCUACCAUGGAGGCCCCCGAUCGUGUCCCCGCCAAUCGCUUCUCCUUGCAUCUCAAUGACUGGUACAGUAUCCUCAGCUGCCGCCACGGCCUCGUGCUCAUCUCCCACUCGUCGCGGAACCAGGUCCUGGUGUGGGACCCCGUCACCGGCGACCAGCACCGCGUUGCUGCUCUCCUAGGGAUCGACAUGGCCACUACCCCGAUGGACGGGCAGGUGCUUCGCGCUGCUGCCCACGCCCAACACUUCCAGGUGGUAUUGGUUGAGUAUUGGUAAACUACAAGAAGAAAUAUGCACGAGCGAUCGCCGCCAUUUACUCGUCGGAGACCGGUGUGUGGAGUAAUCUCAUCCAAACACCGGUUCCACGUAAGGCCAUGGAAUAUGAAUCCAUGCCCCCUGUGCUGGUCGGGGAUUCUCUUUACAUCUUGCUCCCUGGGGAUAGUACAAGUGUAAUUCUCGAGGUUGAUUUGGAUAGCCAGAGCCUAGCUGUGUUAGUUCUGCCAAUGGAUACCUUUGCCAAAGAUCAAUUCUUGAUGGUUAUGCGAGCAGAGGGUGGCGGGCUGGGCGUACUCUCCCUGACAGGAUUCGCCGCCGAGUUAUGGAAGAGGAAUACGGACUGUGAUGGUCUUGCUUCAUGGGUGCUAGGACGAACUUUUGAAAUGGACAAGCUACUUCCCUUGAAUUCAGAGCAGAUAAGGCACACACCGAUGGUAGCUUAUGCUGAGGAAAAUAAUGUGGCUUUCUUGCGGACAUUUGACAGUAUCUUCAUGGUCCAGCUUGACUCAUUGCAGUUCAGUAAACUUCCUGAAAACAGUAACUGUGAUAUCUGUUAUCCAUUAGAAAGUGUCUAUGCUGCAGAAACAAGCAUUGGUGGUGGGCAUGGUGGAGCUGAUCAAGAUAUGCUAGUAUGAUGUACUGGUUGAGCAGGAAAGCUUAUCUUCUGAAUGUAUGUUGAGGCAUCUGAAGUUCUGAACUGUUCUUUCAAAAACAUGUAUUUUUUCCCUUUUUACUGCCAUUCUCAAAUACUAAAUUGCAAGAGAGGGUUGUAAGUUUUUCUCCACAAUCUUUUGCCUAAGUUUUUCCCACCUGGCCACUUCUCAUCAUCCCUUCCUUAGCAGCUCUGCAUUCUCUUCCUCAUGCCUUCACCCACUUACAUUCUCUUUUAUUUGCUGAUGUUUUAACAUAGUUUUAAAUCGCUGGCUAAAAGACCGCUAUCGCGGCGCUAUCUCCGCGUGAAAUCUGCCCCGCGAUUUCCUUCCUUCCC